CGACGUCUUGACCGCGCCACGGAAAACUAUAAGAAGAGCUACACUCUCCAGUCUCCACACACCACAGAAUUACUCAAGCUCAACCUCCAGCUCGAUCGUCCAAAAUCCAACGCCGAUCGAGCAAUAUAAUGGAUCAAUGGAUCAGCUUCCCUCCCUCGCCGUCCUCGCAGGACCAGCAAGAAGAGUGGUCACCGGCGCCGCCGAAGCGGCCCGCGGGGCGCACCAAGUUCAAGGAGACGCGGCACCCGGUGUACCGCGGGGUGCGCACCCGGGGCGCCGCGGGCCGCUGGGUCUGCGAGAUCCGCGUCCCGGGCAAGCGCGGAAAGCGCCUCUGGCUCGGGACGUAUCUCACGGCAGAAUCGGCAGCCCGCGGCCACGACGCGGCCAUGCUCAUGCUGCGAGGCUCCUACCCUGUCGCCACGUGCCUUCUCAAUUUCCCGGACUCCGCUUGGCUGCUCGACGUGCCAUGCACGCUCCCUGCCGACCUCGGCGACGUCCGGCACGCGGCGCUCGCGGCCGUCGCGGACUUGCAGCGCCGGGAGGCCGCCGACGGCGCCGUCAAUGUCCCCGACAUCGACGAUGCUGUUUUCUCGUUGGCGACGACGUCCCAACCUUGUGCUAACAAUGGAGUACUCCUAGGAGUGUUUGAUGAUUUCGAGGUGCCGGUUGCAACGGGCAGCGGCUUGUUCGAGCUCGACGUGUCGGGCGACAUGGAGCUAGGCAUGUACUACGCGGACCUCGCGGAGGGGCUGCUCAUGGAGCCGCCGUCGCCCGUGCCGGACGCCGGGGCGUCCUUGGAAAGCAGAGACUACGGCCACGGUGGAUCAGCUGAUGCUGACCUCUGGAGUUGUUAUUGAAAACGAUGGUUUUUAUUUGGCAUCGUUGAGAAUAUAUUUCACAAUGGACCUAAUGGUAUCCAUUCGGCACCGUAGAUGAAAUGUUGAUAUUUAUGUCGUUCUUAAGUUUUGUCAACAUUUUAAAGUUUGACGGUUAACAAAAAUUAUGUGGAUCCUACAUUUUGCCAUGGAGGAAGAAUUUAUCUGGCUU